AUGAGACGUUCACCACUACUGUCAGGAGAGGUUGAGAGUCGAACAGAAGUGAUGAGAAGGAAGCUAAGAAACAGAAAGGGGGGGCCACGCUGGGAUAGUCCAGGCGCGUGACAAUGUACAUCCCUAAGUCAGCCGCGGGUGAAAUCGCCGGCGCGCCUAAGUCCCCACCGCAAGGGGGCGGGCUAGCGGGCGCGCGCAUGAAUCCGCCGGCGCUGGCGCGCUGAGGCAGUCGCGCGCGUCUAAGUCCCCACCGCCGGGGGCGGGCUAGCAAGUGCGCGCAACGACCGAGGCGCCCCUGUCGAGCUGAGAGUGGACUCUUCACAAAAAACUGUAUACUAA